AUGGAUGAAUUUAGCAGUGGUGAUCAAGCUCCUGAGUGGACCAGUAGCAGCAGUGACGAUAGCUUUUCCUAUGAGGAUGAAGAUUCUCAUCAAGAUGUUGAGAACACUGAUAAUGUUGAAUCUAGCAUAGAAAAAGAUGAUGACAAGGUUACCGCAACUAUGCUAUGGAGUUCUGAGUUUGACGAGGAGGUUCAUGCUUAUAAAGCAUAUGUAAAGUAUGCGAGAGAUAUGGGUUUUGCUGUUCGUAAAAGAGACUUGUCAAUAGAUGAGGAUGGAAAUUUGAAUAGAAGGUACUAUGUUUGCAAUCGCCAAGGAACAAUGGAUCUAAAACACUAUCGUCUAGUUGAUAGAAAGAGGAAUCAUAAGCCAGAGACAAGAACUGGUUGCAAGGCACAUUGUUCUGUUUAUUUGGAUAAGUUGUCUACGAAAUGGAGAGUUAAGACACUAGAAGAGGAGCACAACUAUCCAAUGAUCCCAGAACAAUUUGUUCAUUUAAUUUCUAACCAUCGGAAGUUGACUGAGGCUGACAAAGCCCGGAUUGUUUGCAUGAAGGAAUUUGGACGUGCAAAGAUAGAGAAUGGAGAUGCUGCGGCAGCAAUAAGUUAUCUUCAGGGUAAGGCAGAUGUGGACCCAAUGUCUGUUGCUUGUUAUACACUAGUCAACGGUAACAAAUUGGGCAAUCUUUUCUGGGCUGAUGUACUUAUGAUCAAUGACUACCAAUACUUUGAAGAUGUGUUAGCUUUUGACUCCACUUAUAAGAAGAAUAGAUAUAAUAAACCUGUAGUGAUUUUCUUUGGAUCAAAUAAUCAUCGCUUGACGUGCAUAUUUGGGUUUGCUGUGCUUGCCAGUGAAAGUCGAGAUACCUACACAUGGUUGUUGAAGGAAUUUUUGGAUGUCAUGAUGAACAAGGAACCAAGUGUUGUAGUGACUGACGGCGACAAUCAAAUGCGACAAGCAAUAAAGGAGGUCUUCCCUAGCGUGACACAUAGGCAUUGUGCAUGGCACAUUGAGAAAAAUGCAAAUAGUCAUAUCAAGGAUCGGUCUUUUUUGGAUGCUUUUAAGGUAUCGAUGUAUGCUAAUAUGACGGUACCCCAAUUUGAAGCUUACUGGGAAGAAAUGAUUCAGAAAUUUGAUAUUGGUGAGGACCACUGGCUUUUAACCAAAUAUGCCAAUAAGAAAAUGUGGGCCACUGCAUACUUACGCGGAAAGUUUAGUGCAGGUGUUAGAACAACAUCUCGAUGUGAAGGUAUAAACUCUUUCCUAAAAAGGUUUAUUAAGUCGCGGGAAACCUUGCUUGAGCUUGUGGAAAAUCUAGAGCACGUGGUUAAAGAGUACCGUAACAAUGAACUUGCUACAACAAGGGUUUACACUGUAGAAGUAUUUGCAGAGGUGAAGGUUCAACUAGCAAAAGUUGCUGCACUAAAGCAUGUUGGCAAAAGUGGUAUGGACAGUAAUGUUGUUCAUUGUGUUGCAAAAUUUAGACGACCAGGUAGACUUUAUCAUGUUCUUCAUGAUGUGACUUCAGAAAGGAUUGAAUAUGCAAAGGCAUACUUAAAUGAAGAAGUUGACGAUGGAAAAGAUCCGAAGAGAGCGUUUGCUCUCUGGUACGGUUCCUUGUGGUCGGGGUUAAUUUGGAUGAACUUUCUUGCCGCAAAAACUGCACCAACUUAUCGCCAUACAAUUGGAUGUGUUAAUGGCAUUAUAAAGGAUUUGGAGAAGAUGUUAUGCUUAGUCAAAAACGUGAGUAGGCCAGUCAAAGAUAUUCAGGACCCUGAGAUUGUGAAGACAAGGGGUGCGCCAAAACUCAACAAGAAAGGGAUUGAAGACAAGGAACUGCUCCCGUUGUGGGCAAACUGGUCACACCCGAAGAACAUGUCAUAA